GUAUUGAACCCUUCACCUUCAUCACACGUCCAUCCCCGCGCCGACCACCCUGUCAUCGCGCACAGCAUCGCCAAACAUGGGCAGCAAAGCCCCCGCAACCAAUCUCCUCCUCACAACAAAGCCGUCGGAGGCGGCGUUGAGCGUGCAACUACACCCCCUCGUCCUCCUCACCAUCAGCGACUACAUCACCCGCCACAUUUCCCGCCAACAGCUAGGCCCAAUCAUCGGAUCAAUCCUCGGUCGACAGCAUGGUCGCAGUCUAACACUGGAGCAUGCGUACGAGUGCAAGACCGGCGAAGGAGAUGGCGGAGUGGUGUUAGACAGGGAAUGGUUCGACGAGCGGCUAGAGCAGUACAAGGAUGUGCACAAAGCGCCCGCCCUGGACCUGGUGGGGAUCUUCAUGCUGGGCCCCACGCAAGGACCGAGCGAUAUCCAUCUGCGCUUUAUCAAGGAAGUGCAGAAGCUCACGUCGACCGAUUCGGUGAUGCUGCUGCUCUUCCAUCCGGAGCAGGUCGAUCAGCUGCAGGGCGGCAAGCUGCCCAUCACCCUGUACGAGAGCGUCAAAGAGCAAGAAGGUGGAGAUGUUGAGACCAAGUUCCGCGAGCUGGGCUUCGAGGUGGAGACUGGCGAUGCGGAGAUGAUUGGGGUGGACUUUGUUGCCACAGGAGCCGGCGUUGCGUCUGCAGUGCCCAGGGGAGAUUCAAACACGGCGACGUCAGCAGCAGAGUCGAGCAGCAAAGAGAAGAAGACAAAAGGGAAGGGCAAGACGAAAGAGACCGAUGGCGGGGCAAAUGGCGCAGUAGCAGCUGGCAUCCUGUCACCCGAAGACGAGGAGCUCAUCGCAUCCCUGACCGCGAAAUCAAACGCAAUCAAGAUGCUGCACCAGCGUCUGAGCCUCAUCCGGUCCUACCUAAACAGCCAGCCGUCUAGUUACCUGACGGACGCCACAUCCAAAGAGCCCGCACCAGACUCGACAAACCACACCCUCCUCCGAAGCAUCAACGCCAUGCUCUCCCGCCUGCCCCUUCUGGCAUCCCCAUCGGCCCCCUCCGCCGCAGGCCUCUCACCCGCAACUGCCGCCGACAAAGAAAAAGAAGACGUCCACUUGACCUCCCUACUCUCCGCCCUCACCCGCUCAAUCUCCGAAACCCAGGUCUUGAGCAGCAAAUUCAACAUAGUCGCGCGCGAAAAGGCGGUUAAAGAGCGCUCGCCCUUCGCUGGGAGUGGUGGGGGAAUGAACAAGGGUGGAGGCAGGCUGGGGUUUGGUGAGGAUGGUCUGCUAUCUGGUGGAGACUCCGGAGGCUACUAGCAGCAGCAUCCGUACUUCUUCACCAGAUAGAGAUUCUCUCACGAAUCCGCCGGCUUCAAUCUUCAAGAGACGAGGAGGGCUACGAAUAGGAAGUUAUCAGCAGAAGGGCGGGGAUUCGAGCAAGCGGGAAUAUUGCAUCAAGACCGCUGCAGGUCUCGGCAUGCAUUAGAUGGAAGCAAUGACUGUAUGAUGAUGGGCACAGAGGAUAGAUUAGGUGUGAUACCCCCAAGAAAAAUCAAAAUGCACGGGCAACUCGAUCCACGA